UUUCUAUAGCGCACAUAUAAAGAUUGGUUAGUUCUGUGUUUGAAAGUAUGGAAGAUCAACAAGAAGAAAACGAACAAGAUGUUCGCAUUAUGCGUUUACAAGAUCUUAUCGAAAAAAACAUUGAGAUUGAGCAACAAAUUGAAAAUAAAAGGUUCGACGACUCAAUACUUGGUAUAGAAACCAUUAUUAGAAAAUCAAACGAAAUCGCAAAGGGACAGAAAGAACGUCGUACAAAUCCUACGGAGCUCGUACUAGACUCUGAAUUGCUAAGGCGCAAUCAUGAAGUUGUCGGAAAGGCUAUACAAUAUAACACAAACUUUACAGACCAAAUGGUCUUUACAGCUAUUGCGAAUUUAGUUUUCAAAGACAAAGAUGAAAAUUGGGACUCUCUUUGCACUGUAGCUAUUCAGUUUGGAAUGCCGUUAUUCACAAAUGACAGUAUGAUAGCCUUCAUAGAUGUUGCACCAAAACGGCACAUUCAGAAGAACCGUGGUCAACGAACACGAAAACCUUUGGUGGAAGAAAAACGUCCAAUAAAAAGUGACAAGUUGCAGCGCAAGGAGGAAGGUUCAGCAUCAGUCAACAAUACGCUUAAACAAAUCAGGCAAAUCUACAGAACUGGCAACGACCAGCCCAUUCCAUACUUCAAAUUAGUUUGUCACCCCACAAAUUUUAUGGACUCUGUUCAGAAUGCAUUGAAUAUUUCAUUUCUUGUUCAAGAAAAUAUGAUUUAUAUUGAGCCAGGAAAUGAUAAUUUACCACAAAUUCGAACUGUUGCCAAUCCCAGAAAUUUAUCUACAAACGGAUCUGCUCAGGCAAUUUGUGCCAUUGAUGUCAACUUUUGUCAGAAAAUGGUAAAGCAUUACAACAUACAAGAGCCAAUGUUGAAAAGAUUGGAAAAAGACGAUAGUUAAUGACAUUUUUUAUUUUAUUAAGAAUAAAACAAUACAAAACCUUGCUCUCAUU